AGGAUUCCCAGGCAACUCAACAAUGAUAAUAGUACAGGAUUCCCAGGCAACCCAACUAUGAUAAUAUACAGGAUUCCCAGGAAACUCAACAAUGAUAAUAGUACAGGAUUCCCAGGCAACCCAACCACGAUAAUAGUACAGGAUUCCCAGGUAACCCAACUAUGA